CGUGAUACAAGGUUAAGGAUCUCAAUUAGAGAGGGAACUUCUGAGCAGAAAAGCUGCUGCUGCCAGUGAGACCGAGGGAUUGCAGAGAGGGACUCCUUCCAGCAGACUGGUGAGAAACAAACACCAACACCCCAAAGAGGGAGAAACAGCUAAACUGGGGAACUGGGAAGAUUCCAAGGUCUCUUCUACCAGAGUGAAAUCCAAAAAGGCUGGCAAAAAAGCAACUGUGCACUUAGAGGUUCCAUCUGCAGAAGCCACAAACAAUGUAGCCACUGACCGACUAUGCUGUGUUGAUCUUUGGAGAUGGUCCAUCUUCCGGAGGUGGCACUGCUGGAAAGCUUCACCAGAAAGAAAAGAGGUCAUGUUGCACGUGAGCACCACCAUAGACUGCCUGAGGCAUGGGCUGGGAAGCGUUGCAAUAGGAAAUCCUAAUUGAAACCAGGACUGGGUUGACCUCAUUACAGCAGGAUCUGACAGGAAAAACAGCUCUGAUCCCAAGACUCCUUUCCUGUUUUUGGAUUUUGAAGACUUUGCAAUGGCAUAAGUUGGAAAGCAGGGGGAGAAGUUAGUUUUCAUUACACAAGAUGGAAGAUAAAUUCCUCUUUCCCAGGAGUGCCCUGUGAGACAGUAGAGAGCAUUGCAACCAGACUUACUCAGGAUGAACCAAUCCUACAUGUGAUUGACCAGUGACACUUUCAGAUUUUUGUGAGUGAGUUUCAUGAGAUAUGCAUCAAUUCUUUGGAAUCUGCAAGGAAAUUCUCUCAUUGUAUACAAUUAAAGAAAGAAUGCAACAUCCUGCUCUCCCCAUCCAGUGCAAGCUUGAUCCCCGCUGACCGAUCACAGCAGACAAGCACGGAUCAGCGGGCAGCCUGAUACCCUGUUGCACCUGGGCACGGCGUGGUGUGGGGAGAAGGAUCCUUUUUGGAAAGAGCCUUUAUCCAGUCUGAGAACCAUCUCCACUAGGAAUCAUGGCUGCUCUUGCAACGGGUUUCUGUCUCUCUUCAGUCCUGUUGGUUAUAUGGGUUGGCAUCUGUUCUCCAGUCUGUGUGGAAGUCCCGUCAGAGACGGAGGCUGUCCAAGGAACUCACAUGAAGCUGCUCUGUAUCUCCUGCAUGAAGAGAGAAGAGGUUUCUGCAAGCACCGUGGUGGAAUGGUUCUACAAGACUGAAGGGGGGAAAGAUGAGCUGAUCUAUGAAUACAGAAAAGUCUACCAUGAAUUUCCAAGCCGCUUCAGUGGCCGGCUACAGUGGAACGGGAGCAAAGACAUGCAGGAUGUGUCCAUCACUGUAUUAAAUGUGACCUUGAAUGAUUCGGGGAUCUACACCUGUAACGUCACCCGGGAGUUUGACUUUGAGAUUCAUCGCCCACUCUUCACAAGCUCCAGAUUGAUCCAUCUCACUGUGGUAGAGGAGGCUGGAGAAGAUUUCACAUCUGUCAUCUCUGAAAUUAUGAUGUAUAUUCUCCUGGUUUUCCUCACCUUGUGGCUGCUGAUAGAAAUGGUCUAUUGCUACAGGAAGGUCUCCAAAGCAGAGGAGACUGUACAGGAAAAUGCGACUGACUACCUCGCCAUUCCAUCGGAAAACAAGGAAAACUGCGCUGUGCCCGUGGAGGAGUAGCCAAGAGUAGCUGGGCCAUGACCUGCAAAGAGGAACUCUGAAGUUGGAAGGACCAAGUCACUCCAGCCAGGUUUGGGAAAACUCUGCAGCACCAGGAGGAAAUAAGGGGAAAGUGUAAAUUCUCUUCCACUUGCCUUGGACAUUGCACAGCCUUGACUUUGGCUCCAUGACUCCAUUUGCUAAAGGAUUCUCCUUUGAAGCAUGCUGAGGAAAGGGGGUUGGGGUGCAGGUGGCACUGCUCCUUCCUAAAUUUUGCCCCCACUCUCAUCCAGUGGCCUUGUAAAUACAAGUAUCAUUUAUUACCCUCACCAUAUUCCUUUGCAAAAUAUGCUAAUUUGACACUGCAGCAUUGAGGGGUAUGUCACAUUACCCUGAACACAUGGCCAUCAGCAAGGUCAUUUUAGCAUUGUGCUCAACCUUUUGAUAAAGACUGAACAGUCGCUUAAUUAUUAAAAAUAUCAUAAUCCUGCUCCACUCCAAUGCUUGCUAUUUACCAUUCAAAUGCUUGCUCUCCAUGCUGCCCAGGACUGUAGGCCGCUGUUGCAAAAAUAGGACAAGGAUAUGGAGAAGCAGAAGCUUAGAGCUGCAAAAAAAUGUACAACAGCAGUCAACAUGCAGAGAAUUAGUGGGCAGCAAUCUACAUGCACUAGCUUGCCAUGCACACCCUGCUGCAUACUACAAGUUCCAUAGUGUGCUUUGACCUGCUGCAGAACAUUUAGCACAUCGUAGCAGGUUUCAUACAGUCCGUUAGCCCAUGGCAAGCUAAUGGGAUGUAGAUUUACGGCCUAGCUUGCCGCACACUAACCCUGAAUAGCGAUGCCCUCAGGCUGUUCCACUGCUAACUUGGGUUUCCCUGCUAUAAAUUGCAAAUUCCAAGAAGUGAUGUUAGUUUCAUUUGGCAACUGUUUGUCAGAGUUCUAAUUGUCUCUAUUAGCCUUGCUCUGUUAACUUAAACAAUAGUGUUUGCUUAUCAUGGAAAUAACCUCUAUCAACUAGUGUCCUCCAACAACCACAGGAGAGCAUCCCUGGGAGACACUAGUCCCUGAAAUUAGCAAAGUGUCCUCAAAUGGAAGAGAGUUAAAGGCCGGAACCCCUGAAGGGAGGAGAGAGUCUGGUUUAGGUAAGCAAGCGAAUGAAACGGACUGAUUAUUCCCAAGUGGGAAAAUGAUGAGGCAGCUUUGAAAUUUGUGGAGCUUUUUAUAACUAAUUGAAAGUCAAGGUGGGACAGUUGCACCACCUAGAGGCAACCAGUGGUUUUCUCCCAUAGCCCGUAAUGUUUCUUGUGAUAAUUAUUCUCCAUGCUGAAUACUCAGUGUUAGUCUGAUGUGACCUAUUAUUGCAGAGCCAUUCUUGUGUAAAUUAAGUUUCACUUAUAAACACAGUACUGCACUGCAACAGUAUAUAAACAGUUGCAGAUACAGUAGCAAGGUGGGGGGUUUGGCUUUAUUAAAUGUAAAACAUUUAAGCAUGGUGAUUGUGGUUUCCCAUUCAGAAACAUUAGUCUUAGAAUCUGAGAU